AUGAUUCUACCAAUUUACGCCUUGGAGGGCAGGCCACUGCCGCCAUUGUGGUGGGCAAUUCCUUUCGCAGUGAUUGCAUUUUUAUUUUAUCGAAUCAUCUCUGCCGUUCGAGAUCCUCUGAGACAUAUUCCGGGCCCGUUCCUUGCGAGAUUUACUCGGCUGUGGUUGUUCCGCCAGUAUUGCCGCGCCGACUACGAGAAGACGGACAGGAAGUUGCACGAGAAAUACGCUUUCCUGCAUGCUCGCUACCCUUUUCCAACCAUGCAAAGGAUAUACACUGAAUAUUGCAUUGAAUUUUCAGGUCCCAUCGUGCGGAUAGCCCCUGGACAAUAUAGCAUCGACAGUCUCGACGCAGCCAAAACCAUCUACGGACACGGUAGCCACUUUGCCAAGAAUGAGUGGUACGUUCCAUGGGGAAAUCCUGCCCUGGGCAACCUCUUCAACGAGUUGAAUCCGAAAGUCCACUCCGCCAUGCGUCGACAAGUUGCCAAUGUCUACUCCAUGUCCAACAUGGUCUCAUACGAGCCCUACGUCGACGAGUGCACCGACAUCUUUGCCAAACGCUUUACCGAAUUCUCAGAAAAUGGCCGCGUUAUCGAUCUCGGGCACUGGUUCCAGUGCUACGCCCUCGAUGUCAUUGGCAAAAUCACUUUCUCCAAGCGCUUCGGGUGUCUGGACGACGGAGGAGAUCCCCAGGGAGUCAUCAAGGCGCUAGACGAAGUCCUGACGUUCAGCACCACAGUCGGUGUCUAUCCGAGGCUUUUCCCCUUCUUCUUCAACAUCCUCAAGUACCUCGGCUCGGGCGGAGAACCGCGGGGGAAUGCAUACCUCGUCAAGUUUGCGACCGAUCAGGUCGCAGCUAGUCGGUUGGAAGAAAAGCCUAAAGACGGGCCCCAGGAUUUCAUUUCUAAACUAGUCCAGACUCAGAGAGAGCGACCCGAAACCGUCGAUGACGCGUGCAUCCUGACAGCUGGAACCACCAACAUUGGCGCUGGAUCGGAUACCACCGCGAUCUCCUUGAGCGGUAUCAUGUACUACCUUUGCAAGAACCCGAGAACAUUGGAAAAGCUGCGGAAAGAACUGGACGACGCCGAGGCGGAGGGGUCAAUCUCUGACCCGAUUACUUUCAGAGAAGCACAGGCAUUGCCGUACCUUCAGGCCGUCAUCAAGGAGAGUCUCAGGUUGCACCCUGCGACCGGACUCACCAUGCCUCGUGUGGUACCUGAGGGUGGAAGACAGCUAGCAGGAAGCUUCUUCCCUGCAGGAAAUGUAGUGGGAAUCAAUGCCUGGAUCGCACAUCACAAUAAGGAAGUGUUCGGCCAUGAUGCGGACGACUUCCGGCCGGAACGAUGGAUCGACUCAAGCAAGGAGCAAAAGAGUGACAUGGAGUCAUACUUCUUCGCCUUUGGUCAGGGUUCGCGCACCUGCAUCGGCAAGAACAUCAGCUUGCUGGAGGUAUCCAAGGCCAUUCCUAGAGUCGUGCAGAACUUUGACGUGAUACUGGAGAAGGAGGACGACUGGAAGUGCACCAACUACUGGUUCGUGAAGCCUCGGGACUUUUUCGUCAGAAUCAAGAAGAGGGGGUCCUGCUGA